UUCAUCACCAAAACUUAAAAAUAAACACAAUCCACAAAUAUUUCUAAGUUUUAACAAGAGAUAGGGAAGGAGAAAACUUAGAAAUGAGGGCAAUCACAGCUUCGUUUUUCAUUUUCUGUUUCCUUGUUCCCUUUGUUUUGGCGCAGCUCCGACAUGGGUUUUACGACGCUAAAUGCCCUCUCGCUGAACGUAUCGUGACUAAAGUUGUUGUUAAACAUUGGGCCCGUAACCAAACCGUCGUUACUGCAGCAUUGCUUCGCAUGCAGUUUCAUGAUUGUUUUGUCAAUGGUUGUGAUGCUUCCCUCUUGAUCGACUCAACAUCCGAAAGGCCAUCAGAGAAAAGCGCGGGACCAAAUGCAAGCGUGAGAGGCUUCGAGAUCAUUGAUGAGAUUAAGAAAGAGCUCGAGAUUGUUUGCCCAAAGACAGUCUCAUGCGCAGACAUUAUAACUCUAGCCACAAGAGACUCCAUUGCAUUAGCUGAUGAUAGUCGUGCUUCACGCUUCACAGUACGAUUAGGAAGACGUGAUGGAUUAAGAUCAAACCCCAGUGAUGUUAACUUGCCAGGACCAACAAUUUCCGUGGAUGAAUCAUUGAAAGCAUUUAAAGCUAAAGGUAUGACUCAGAUGGACAUGGUUGCACUUAUUGGUGGUGGCCACAGCAUUGGUGUUGCACAUUGCAGUCUUAUUCAGGAUAGGCUUAAGGAUCCUGCAAUGAAUCCCAGACUGAAAGCUAAGUUAAUAAAAACAUGUAGUGGCCCAAAUGACCCAUCAGUGUUCUUGGACCAAAAGACUCCAUUUAAAUUAGACUCUGUAAUCUAUACCCAAAUUGAAAGUCAAAGAGGAAUCCUUAGAAUUGAUCAAAACUUGGGUCUCAAUGGAUCAACGACCAGGUGGAUUGUGUCAAGUUUUGCAUCAAGUGAAAGAUUCUUCAGAGAGAAAUUUGUCGAAGCAAUGCAGAAAAUGGGUGAAAUAGGAGUUCUUACGGGAGAUUCUGGAGAGAUCAGGACAAACUGCAGAGUCUUCAACAAUUGAAGAUCUAUCAAAUCUCGCAUCUGUCUUUCCAAUGUUCAUUUUCUUUUUCUACUUUCAAAUAAUCAACGGAAAAUUUCUGA